AUGAUAAUUUUAAUAAAUUCUGCAGGUUAAAUUAUAUUAACUUUGGUUGAUGUUAUAUAUUCUAGGCAAUUAAUUUAAAAUAUUUAAUAGAAAUGUUUCAAGAAAUAAUAAGCUUUAACGUAAUUUGAAGCUAAUUAAUUAUAUUCAACAGAAAUUAAUUUCAAUCAAAAGAGGAAUGAUAAUACUAUUUUGGUUUUCAUUUGUGGCUAUUAUGGUUUUUUACUCCCAAUAUGCUAUCCUAUAACUCUCAUAUCAAAUUUUGAUUAUUGUAAAUCAAUGAAUUUAUAAUUUUAUAAAAAUUAUAUAAAAUUAUCCUUAAAUAUAGAUGAGGAAAUACUUUAAUAAAUAUCCGAUAAAUGA